UAGGCUAAAUAUAACAGAUGACGUUCAAUAUAUAAACGCGACGAACAACUCGACAGAAAGAGGAUUUUGCCGAUCUGUCAAACGAGAAACACACCUGAGUUGGAAGGAAGACAUUCACAGUAAUAAGAUGGAUUUCGGUAGCAAUUUUGUAUAUGUUGGAGAUGACGAGGAAGAAGUCGUCUACUCUGACCCAUCAUCAGAUGAGGAGACCGAUAAGGAUGAGAUGGAAUGUAUGCUGGACAUCCUCGACACGGCCGGGCAGGAAGAGUACUCCGCAAUGCGAGAUCUGUACACUCGGUCAGCUCAGGGCUUCAUCAUUGUGUACGACAUCACGAACAGGGAGUCCUUCGAGGAAGCAACGGCCAUGUUUACUUUCCUGGAAACAAGUAAACAGGGAGAAAAAAUACAUGCUGUUCUUUGCGGUAACAAGUCUGAUCUGGAUGCCCAGCGAGUUGUUUCCACAGCGGAGGGUAACGAUCUGGCCACCAAGAAGAACGUGCCCUUCAAGGAGACAUCGGCCAAAACAGGGGAAAACGUCACUGAAGCCAUUGAAGCGUUACUCAGGACAAUCCCACGUCAAGGCAUUGAAUACAAGCUAGCUACCCUGGGAACAGGUGGGGUGGGCAAGUCGUCUGUCACCUUGCGUCUAGUGCAAGACACGUUUGUAGAAAACUAUGAUCCCACCAUAGAAGACUCCUACAGGAAGAUGAUCAACGUCCAAGGUCUUCCCAAGAUGGAGGCCAAAAAAAGGAAAAAGAAGUCCGCAGCAGCAGUACCAGCACAGGCAUCUGGUGGACUACAACAAAGCGCUACCUCAUACGGGGUCAAGAAGAAGGGUGGCGUCAUGUCCAGCCUGAAGAGAGUAUUUAGUGGAAGAAGAAAAGAGAAAUACAGCCCUCCAAAUUCCUCUCCCCUUCCACCUCCCCCUCCCCCUGGACCUAGGACCCCCAUCAAGACAAAGAAGAUAGAUGGCAAUGUGGUGCACAUCCCCCUGGGUACACUGGCCGAUGAUCCACAACUUGUGACCGGGGAUCCAGUUCGGUGCAGGAAGUGUGACGCCGUUCUGUGCCAGACAUCAAGCCUCAUAGACAAUGGAGCUACAAGGCAGUGGACCUGCGAGUAUUGCGGGAAAGAGAACAAAGAACUAGACGUGACCUCGGAGGAGAUACCCAGAGAGUUGAUGUUUGACUACAUGUUGAGUCCUGCAACAGAGAAAGAGGAGGCGGCGGCUGAGGUUGUCCAGAAGGUCACGCCAGGAAUAAUUGUCUACUGCAUGGACAUCAGCGGCUCAAUGGAUGCCAAGGCAGAUGUCCCAGAACUACAAGCGGCAUGGAAGCAGGCUCGGAGUGGGGAGACGCUGGAGGCUAAGUCGAGGCUGGAGUGUAUCAAGGAGGCUGUGAUGAGACAGGUGGAGCUGCUGAAACUGGAACAGCCGGAAAAACAAGUGAUGCUCGUCCUCUUUGACUCAGAAGUCGAGAUCGUAGGUGAUGGGACGGGACAACCUAAAACAGUCACUGGAGUUAACAUGAACAACUUUGAUGCACUCAUCAAGAACGGGAAAAAACUAGCAGAUAAAAAUGAGAUUAAACCUCUGCGACUUUCUCAUGAUGGUUUGAUGGGGAAGGUGGCAGACUUGCACACGCGAGGCUGUACAGCACUUGGCCCUGCACUGGCAACAUGUGCUGGAUUUGUGAGUGAAGUGCCUUCAUCAGAGAUUGUGCUGUGUACUGACGGGGCUCCAAACUCCGGCAUUGGCUCCAUGACUGGCGGUGCCCAUGACUCUGAAUUCUACACAAAGAUCGGCAACUAUGCUCGUUCGAAGAACAUCGUCAUCAACAUCAUGGCAGUGGAGGGAGAGGCUGUCGGGAUGCAGCAUGUCAGUGCAUGUGCACUGGCUUCAGGCGGCACCGUCAACGUCCUUAACCCCAUGGAGAUUGUCCGGGAGCUGCGCCUCAUCUGGCAGAACAAGAUCGUGGCUUCAUCAGUUCAUGUUACCUUCUUGCUGCAUCCAUCCCUUGUGUUUGUUGAAGAAGGUUAUCCAAAGGACUGCAGCAGGUUGGUGAAGGAGGUGGGCAACGCCCUGAAGGACACAGACCUCACAUUUAACUUCAAACUCAAAGAUCCGGACACCAUCCCAGAAAUUGAUGAAAUCCCUUUCCAGGUUCAGAUCGCCUACACUCGCAAGAACGGCAUGAAGUGUCUCCGUGUCAUGUGCAAGAGUCACAAGUUCACCAAGGACAGGAAGGUCAUGGAGGAGAACAUCAAUGUGGCAGUCGUGGGAUUGGCCACGAUGCAGAAGACGGCUGAGAUGGCAAAGAACAGAGCCCCUCGUGAGGCUAGGGCACAACUAUUGGCAACCAAGAAUAUGAUGAAGAGAGGUGCAAAGACAGUGGAACAACGUGAAGAACAAUUUGCAUUUUUUAAUGAAUGCGAAGAACUUGAAACAGACAUUUCCUCCAACUUAAAAGACUGGGAACUUGGUACAGCAAGUGAUUCAUCCCACAGAAUUGCUCACAGGUCACACCAGGCCAAUAUGGAUAGGUUCCACGGAGCAAAGAAGAAAGCUGCUGUAGUCCAGCAGCGACAAGUCAGUGACAAAAAUAAUUAUGACUCGUACUUGAAUUACAAAUGUUAAACUUCAUCAUCGUCAGCCUGCAUGACUGCAUAUUGAGACCAGGAGUGCCCCUGGAGGAAACCGACACUAUGGAAUCUUUCCUUCUGUUGAACACUCGAGCUAUAUCUCUGCCGUGUUGUCAGAAUAGGAUUCUAGACCUGUGCACUAUUCCGAUGUUGUUAUGUGAUGCUAUGUAUGUGUUAUAGAUGCAUCUGUGCAUGCUGAUUCGACAAUAUUUACUCAUUGUAAGUAACAAGACAUGCCAUGUAAUAUUUGUAUCACAAAUGUAAACAGCUAUGUACGUCUUCAUGUCUUUACCAGGUAUGUUUACUUAUAGCUGAUGGCCCUAUUAGGCAAUAUGUUGUUAUACAAGUUGCUAACGUUGAUGGGGAGGUGGGGUAGCCUAGUUGUUAAAGCGUUCACUCGUCAUGUCUAAGGCCCGGGUUCAAUUCCGCGAUGGGUACAAUGUGUGAAGCCCAUUUCUGGUGUCCCCCGCUCUGAUAUUGCUGGAAUAUUGGUAAAAGCAACGUAAAAGCCAUACUCACCCACUUCCUGCUGCUGUUGAUGGAAUUAGUGAGACUAUGUCCAGUGAUAUUAUAUUGUUUUUGUAAGAUGUGUAUUUUACAGACUAUUCCCAGUUUACUUGUGACCCGUGAAGCUCCGGGGUAGAAUAGGUCUUCAGCAACCCUUGCUUGUUGUGGCGACAAUGCUUGUCGGCGACUAUCACGAUCGGGUGGUCAGGCUAGCUGACUUGGUUGAUACAUGUAUCCCAAUUUCAUGGAU